AUGGAGCAAGAAAGUCAUGAAAUAUUGACGCAUAUACCUGAAGAUUCUCCAAAAACUAACAGCAAGGAGUUGAUACCUCAAACAAUAAAACUAACAGAUGGCUUAAGUAGACAACAUACAAAAGGUGAAGAAAUUAAUACACCAGAUAAUAUUGAUAACCAAACAAACAUUACAGCAGUUCAGCCUAACGGUAAUGAAUUAGAAAGUGUACCACCUAUACCUAUAGAAACCAACAGUCAAUUAGCUAUAGAAACUAAUAAAAUAUAUUCAGCUUUGUCGCAAUUUAGUACUCCACCAUUACCUGAACGCAAAGAAUCUGUUAAUAUCAGUGAAAAUGAUGAUAGUCUAGAUUCUAAACAAAAUGAAACAAAAAUACUAGAUAAUGAAGGCCCCAAUCUACCACCAAGAAGAAGUGUACCCAUUUUACCUUCUCGCAACAAACAACAAAACAGAGAUCCAAACAAGUCAAAUGGAGAAAUUAAUAAUAUUGAGUCAGAAAGAUCAUUAAUUGCAGAUGAUAUGUUAAUAUUUAGAUUGAAUGAAACAAUCAACGAAUUAAAAUUGAGUGAUAAAUAUAAACCUCAUGGAAUACUGCCUCACAACGAAGAACUUACGGACAAUGGUGAGACAGAAGAAUCGAAUAUUUGGAAACAAUUAAUUAAGGAUCCAGAAAAUACUAUAAAUGAAAGAUAUGAAACUAUCGAAAAGUUGAUAAUAUCUUCAAAUUCAAUUCCUGUUCAACUUAGAAAUGAAGUUUGGGAAUCUGUUACAUUUAUGAAAUCUCAUAAUUGGAAUACAAUUUAUGAAUUGUUAGUUUCUAAAGAUAGUAGUUUUGAUGAAGAACAAAUUAAAAUAGAUAUAGAGAAAAUCUUCCCGGAAAACGAGGAACAAAAAGAUAUAGUUUUUAAUGUCGUUAAAACAUACUUAAGUUUUGACCCUGAAGUCGAAUAUAGCGAAUCUAUACUAAGUGUCAUAUCCAUUUUCACUAAACAGUAUAAUAAUGAUAAAAUCAAAAUUUUUGGAUUAUUUUGUAUCUUAAUGAAGUAUUAUAGACUUAGAGAAUUUUUCUUAAACAAUGAAUUUAAUGAUAUGAAUAAAAUACUGUUUAAAUUCGAUAGAUUGUUACAAGAGCAUGAUAUUGAUUUAUACAAUCAUUUAUUACAACAGGGGAUUAAGUCAAGAAUGUUUGUUAUUGAUUGGAUCAAGUCCAUCUUCCAAAAAAUUGGAUUUAGUUCUUCUGAGCAGAUUAUAUUUAUCGAUUUAAUAUUUUUUUAUGGAUUUGAUAUUUUGCUUUCCAUUAGUUGUCAAAUUUUGCUAUUCAAUAAAAGAAAAGUAAUGUCUAUGGAAUACGAAGAAUUAUUGGUCACUUUAAAGGAUGGAAAUAACUUAUUACCAAUUGAUGACAAAACAAGUAGCGAUAACACUAGUGAUGAUAUUAAAAUAGAAGCCAGGGUUCUUUCAUUCAAUGAACUAAUUAAGAAAUCAGCCUCCCCUGCUAUGAUCAGACCCAAUUUGCUUAAACUUUUUAGCCAAGAAUAUGAUGAGAUAUACAGUGGAGACAAGGCGAUGAGAGAUGAAUUCCAAAAAAUGCAAACGGAGAACAAAGAAUUGCAAAAGGAGGUAAAAAAGUUAGAACAUGAUUAUACACUUCUAAAUAGAGAGCAUGUCACUAUUGCUAACGAGUUAUUACAAAGUCAAUUAAAAAUUAACAGUAUACUUAGUGAAAAUUCAAGAUUAAAAAUAGAAGUAUUAGAAGCAAAGAGAAAGUUGGAACAGCAGAUCAGGGAAAAUAAGGGUUCCAAUAACAAACCAAUUCCAAGUGAUUUACAAAAAAAUUUAGAUGAUACUUUAAAGAAAAAUGCCAAUGUCAUGCAGAAGAAUCUGAUUUAUCAAGAUAAGAUCAAUGAACUUGAAAACCUUGUAACGGAAUUGACAAAUGCAAAUGAAAAAGGUAUCUAUUUAUCACAUCUGUUUUCGAAUGAUAACCCAUUGUCUAGAACUCCCCUAAUAGAUAGCACAUGGACUGGAUUUAAGAAGGUGUUCCAGUAA